GAUUACAAACAUCUACGGAUUUAAGUUUGGGUGCGAGGGAAGAUCUUUCAGAGACUAUGCAGCCGUCAUCAGGCACGCACAACCAUGACAACUGUAUUCAGACGCAGCUGUGCGCCCAGCUGGAGUUCGUCCAGAUCCUGGUGAUCGUGGUGGUGAUGAUGGUGAUGGUGGUGGUCAUCACCUGUCUGCUGAACCACUACCGCCUAUCAGCUCGCUCCCUGCUCUCCAGACACGCCCCCACCCGCCGGAGACACCUGCCACUGGCCAGCGAGGGGAGUCUGUGGUCUUCUGAGGGCACGGGGACAACCAGUGGUCUAAAUGAGCACCAGGUGUACAACCCCCGCCCCCCAGACAGAGGGGCCGCCUCGUCCUACCUGCAGCGGGACCCCCAGCCUCAGCCCACGCCCCAGCGCUUCCAGCACUCCUUCGCGCCGACGCGCUUCCAGCCGACGUACCCUUACCUGCCCCAGAGCCUCAUCGACCUCCCCCCCACCAUCUGCCUGUCGGACGGGGAGGAGCCGCCGCCGUACCAGGGGCCCUGCACGUUGCAGCUUCGAGACCCCGAGCAACAGAUGGAGCUGAACCGAGAGUCGGUCCGAGCGCCACCCAACAGAACGGUGUUCGACUCCCACCCACUGCACCCGUCACGCUCCUGUCUGCAGGCCAGUCUGCAAGCCCCUCCCCCCAGCGUGCACUCGGGCGUCAGUGUGUUGGAAGCCCAGGAGUCCCGGCAUCAGAAGCAAGCCUCUGGAGUGGAAGGAGCCCCCCCGACCUACAGCGAGGUGAUCGGGCACUACUACCACCCCACGUCCCUGCCCCCCGGCCACAAUCAUCGGACUGUAUCCUCCUCGCAGGUCCCACCUUCCUCGUUCAUACAUGGCCUGCUGCGACCUCCACCUCAGCAGCACGGAAGCGUGGACAACAGGAACGCCCGGAAUACGAAGGAGAAAUCCCAGAAGCCCCAGCAGGUGUGACAGUACCGCUUCCUUAAAAUAGAAAGAAACUGGAUUUUGUCUGCUUGGAAGUGGUCCGUAGCCAAUGAGGAAUAACGUUGUAAAAAUCCACUCUGAGGGUAAUUUGUAGGGGGGUCAGUUUCCCCACUUCAAGGAUCUCCUUUAGGUAAGAACCACAUCACUCCUGCAGAGCAAAGUUGCAGGAGAAAAUCUGGCACUUCCUGUUCCACACUUCCUAUUUCCUGUCUGAGGAGCACUUCAGAUGAUGAUGUCAGAGAAGAAGGGCAGAUGGUGCAAAGGGAAGCCUCCUUCUUCCCUUGCUCCCUCCCUCCUCCAUUAGACUGAUCCUACUAGUCUCCAUUCAUUUUAAAAAUGUACUUGUUUUGUUCGUUCCUAUAGAACUUUUUAUUUGUUUGUCUUUUUCGCGCUUAAAAGAAAUCUUUCUAUCCAGGCAAAUGGCGAAAUGUUGCAAUCUUCUUGGUUCUUCCAGGUUUUUGUUUUUAUUUCCUAGUGAUAACCCCCCCCACCCCCCCCCCUUGCUGCUUUGACUCCAUUAUGUUCUUUGUCAAAAAAAUGUUAGCAGCAACUCCUGCAUCUGGCUUUAGCUGUAUCACUGGGACAUGUUAGCACGUUACCAUAUUUCCAAGAUUUAGCUAGCGUUAUCUGAACCUAGCUUAGCACAUCACUAAGAGUCCCUGAGCUAAACGUUUCUGCCUUAUAUCGACCGAUGCAGGAGCUGUCACUAAAAUCCUUUUUUUACGUUAUGUUUUCUAAAGAAGGUUUGCACAAAGUUCACGACUGUUCAACACAGAAAAAAAGGAAUCCGCAAUAUGACUGAUAAAGGAGAAAACAGAGAAAGUAGGGGUAUUUUUCUAAACUUUAUAGAUUGUUAUCGUUUCUGUUUUUACAUGUUGUCUAGUUUUAGAAAAAGGAAACAUCAUUAAUCUGUUGGGGUGCCAACUUUCACAUUUUGCUACAUACAUGUAUUACAUUUUGAGUAUAUAUACGAAUACAUGUGUGCAAACGGAGAGCGAAGUUAAAAGCACGAAUUGAGAGUUAUUUAUAUAAAUGCUGAAAAGAAUUGCACUAUUUUUUAGUAUGAGCAGAUGGAACGUGUGAGACUGACUUACUUUGUAGGAGCUCUGUCAAUUGAGGCGUGAUAUGAAAAGAAAAGAACAGAGAUUUACCAGAGGGGCGGUGCACAGCAGAAUGUAUCACGGAAACAUAUUGGAGUCUGACUCUGGAUCCACGAACUCGGAUACCAUUACCGUACCAUUGAUAUAAAAACAAAUAAAUCCCUCAUUUAUGCAAGUAUCCGAGUCUUGCGAGCCAACCAUGAGUCAGCCUUCGACAUGUGGGGCCCAAUCGGAAACUCUGCUUGUAGCUCUCUCUCUUCCUAUUGGCCGAAUUGUUAGCCAAUCCCAAAGCUGGCUGUUGCUACCAAAAUGAGCCACCAGUCUUUUCACGUUAAUCAGACUUUUUCACAAACGAACGUCUGACCUAAUCACGACACUGUGUAAAGUAACAGGAGAGUAGUUAGUUGUAUCCUGCUGUGUGUUCUUUUAUUUUAUUUUAUGAUAAUUGAGUGAGAAGAGAGAGAUAAUGAAGAUCAAAGCAACACCAAACGUCCUGUUCGAGUUGCAUUACUUAAGGAAGGUAGCCAUGUCGCCCUAAAUGAGUGAUACGCCGACUGUGCACUGCUGUGGCUGCACACACACCAACGUUUUCAUUUAAAAUGUGUCUCCCCUCUGGUGAGGUUAUCUCUGUUGCAGGCAUCGCUGAGCACUUUACUGCACCAGGAAAGAGACAUCAAUCUUCUGUCAGCCAGCAGCAGCCAGUAAAAGCUACGAUAGAAUCCUUUAAUAUAGAUAGGUUAGAGUGUGAGAUUUAGACCCACACUUUUAAAAGAUGCAUAGAGUUGUGCGCCAAAACUUGAAAACCUUUACAACAAAUUAUAAAUGGAAUCAGUGACUGAUUAUCCAUAAAGCCAGACCUGGGUCUCAAAGAGUUUCAUUGUCUUACAAUUAAGAGUUUCAGUACAAUUACAAACAAUUCAAAAACCUAACUUUGAAAAAUAUGUUUGUGUUUCUAUACGAAACUCUUAUUAAAAAAUCUAAUAAAUACAUUUAAUUAAGUUAAAUGUUCGUCAUACAAGCAGAAUGUUGACUAUAUAUUAAAAAAAGUCACAUAAACGUGUUUUCUGUUUAAAGUUCAAUUGAGUUAAGUUUAACUUUAAACAGUUAGAACUGUUGCUAGUUCAUUUAAAUGCUAGUGCCCUAACCCUAACCCCUAAAUCAGAAUAUUUUAUUUUGAAAUUUGAUGAUGAAUGUCAGCAUCAAAAUAUCUGUUUGAUACUCAGUCUGGCUUUGAAAAGUUAUUUUUUGUUCCUAUCUUUGUGGAUUUUUCACUUUUGGAGCACAACUCUUUGUGCUUCUCGCAGCACCAGAGGAGCUGUCUCAUACUAAACACACUGAAGUGUUGACAAGUGACACAAGUGUUUACAGCAGCUCUUCUUCUGUCAUCUCUUUCAGUGCGUGGGACUAAAGGUUAAACUAAAGUAGAAAGACUAGGACGUGAAGACAUUUGUAGUUUGAGUCUUUUGAGUGUUGAGUUUGUUAGAUUUUUUGUUGAUGUGACGCUUUAGUGUCCAGUCUUUAUGCAACAGCGCCCUCCGCAGGGACCGAACCAAUCACAGCUAAAACUCCUGAUGCUGAGUCAGCGGAAUUUAGUGAAAGAAGAGAGAGUCAAAAGGCCAAAAAAAGACAUUUUAUAACAUUUACAAAAAUCCAUUGAACAGUGGAAGUUAACAUUCCUGUUGUUGAACUCUGUCUCAAACUCCUGAAAAAAUACAGAUAAUCAGAAGUAAUGUCUUUGCGAUUCCCUCCCCCCAUCUGUUCACUGUCUCUCUUCCUCCUCUUGUGUAGUAUAUAUCACAAUGUAAAGAAAUUAAUCUCUUGACCCAAAGCAGCUAAAGGAGUGACGAGUGGAUCAAUCAGAAUGUAAAUCACCUCGUAAUGACAUUAUAAGCCCCCAAACACAAGUUUAGAUAAUUUAUUAACCUUCCUCCCCUUCCUUUUAUCACCUUUCCCUCCAUCAGUAUUAUACUUGUGUUUGGACCAGGCAUUUCCUUUAAAAUGGUUUGGUUCCCUGCAGGGUUGCAGCGGGUAUGAGAAGGCAGGACAGGCUCUGAAUAGGGCGUCACAGUAGAAAUAAAUAAUAGAAAUAGUGAUGAUUAUUUAAAAUAAUGUGCCUACAGUAGGGCGCAUUGAGAAGUGAAACAGUGUAGAAUCAAUCUCUCGCUUCAGGGAAACCUGCGCUGGCUGACGAAUCAAAACUAGACGGGAGGAGGGAUGAGAGAGAACACAAAUCACACUAUAACUGACUCACACACACACACACACACACGUUGGUAUGUUUACAUGCAAAGAGGAGAUAACAAUUAAUUUACUACCCUUCAGUUUUUUAACAUUCUAUGUGACAGCUUAAGGAAUCAUUUACCCUUAAAAUGAUCAUUUGUGUACUCACUUUGUGUUAUAUGUGAAGAAAACGUGUGUACUUGUAUCUGCAGCAUGCCUCCACAGUGACCAGGAAUCAAACACCUGAGAAAAUUCUUCAUGAAUUCAUUUAAAUGCGGGCCCAAGUUUAUCUCUAAUAUAUAUAAACAUAUGUUCACAAAUUCUCGCACAACUCUUUCAGUAUAAUCAAAUUGUCUUUUAUUUCAAGUAUAUGCUCACUACUUUCAAAAAACACACAUUUUGCUUAAAUCUUAACAUUUAAAAAGAAAUCUGACGACGUUUAACUAGCACGCCUGUGUGAGGCUGUUUAUGUUUUAAAUAGUGAGGGUUUUAACCAAAAUGGCAUGUAAUUGUGAGGUGGUGAGCAUACAACUGGAAUAUCUGACUUGGAUUAUACUGCACAGUGAAAAACUGAAACGUUGACUUUAGUUUAUUUAGUUU